AUUACUCGAAAAUCAAGUUGCACAACCUGUUUACCUCAUUUUUCGAGGAGAUAUUGGACUGUGACAGCUGUCAUAUCAAUAUUAUGAUUGUGAUUGAUAACUUUUAAUAUAAACAAUUUAACCGAUGUCUGCGUUUACUGUUUCACAGUUGGACUAGUCGCAUUUUACAUUUACAUCGCUCAUAAAUUAAUUACGUUUCAACUGUUCUUCCAAAUACACGUUGUAAACGAUGACAAUGGGUGAUGAGACUCCAGUUGCAUCACUGGUUCUUCCUGUAAUCUUAAGACCAAUAUUAAUGAAGCUAGAAAGACAAAAUGUAUUGGCUGCUCAGACAUUACGCACAGCUCUAUUGAAAGCUGAAAAUUCUUAUCCAGGAAUUACACAUGACUUCAUUCUUGGUAUAAUACGACGUGCUGAACUUAAUCUUGAUAUGAAUGAAAGUGUUCUGAGAUUACAAGGAGCAGCUUCUGAUUAUGAUGUUGUGGAAUAUAGAUCAGCUAGAUCUGAAGAUGCUUUCCAAGAGUUAAAUCGUAAAUCAACCUCAUUAAAAAGAAUACUUAGUCGAAUUCCUGAUGAAAUAACAGAUCGCAAAACUUUCCUUGAAACGAUCAAAGAAAUUGCUAGUGCAAUAAAGAAACUUUUAGAUGCAGUGAAUGAAGUCAAUGCAUUCAUACGUGGUUCUGCAGGAAAACAGGCAUUGGAUCAGAGGAAAAGGGAAUUUGUUAAAUAUAGUAAAAGAUUUAGUAACACUUUGAAAGAGUAUUUUAAAGAAGGACAAGCUAAUGCAGUAUUUGUGAGUGCACUGUACUUGAUCCAUCAAACAAAUAUGAUAAUGCUCACGGUAAAAGACAAAUGUGAGUAAUGAAUGUUCAAAGUUAUGGAAUAUAAUACAUUCACGAUAACGAGGUUAUUUGUAACUAUUAUAGAGUGUAAUAUUAUAAUUUUAUCGAUUUUGUUACAUAUUUGAUAAUAGAAUUUAAAUAUCAUUUAAUGUAAAGUAUAUAACAUCAUUAUUUUAUAUGUAUUAAAUUGUUAUAACGUCAUUAUUAACAAAUGAAGUCAUAAACACAUGAGAAAAGAUCUAAUAAAAGAUAUA